GUCAGCCAAUAAUGGGGUUUCUGUGUUUCAUCUUUGGCAUCUUAUCUUAUUUUGAGAUCUCACCAGAGCGGCAAAUGUCAGGACUCAGGGUAAAGGAUAAGGGUCUUAGCCGCGCACCAACAGAUAUAGAUAAGACAGCAGCAUACGAAAUGCUCAAAGCGGCGUCAAACGCCCAAUGUCUAGAAGUGAGUUGAUGAUACUUGAAAUGGUGCAUCCAGAACCAACCAACAAGCUCCGAUCGCCUGCUGCGCCACAAUCGAGAAGCGCCUGGCUCGACGUCAUUGGCCUCCCGUGUCAAGUGGUGUGAGACGGUGGUGUCGGGAAUGUUGGAAUUGGUACCCCUCCACAAGUGUACCGGCGCUUGGAAAGGUUGGCCAGCGGCCCGGAAGUUUAUAAAUCACUCAUCAUCGACCGUUGGCUGCAACUGCACCAUCUCUUACUUGCUGCUUCAAUCGUACCUGGGCAUAUUUUGAAGCUUGGGUGUACUCACACGACUCUCUUUUAUACACCCCCACUACCCCGCUAUCGAGUAUUUGCUUCAAACAAACUACGAUGUCGAACUCUGAACCCAAGCUGCUGUAUGCCGUCAAUGGCAUAAAGGCAUACCAUAUCCAGAAUGGAGUUGAGGAAUCUCUCACUCCUUCAGGUCCUCAGACCCUUUCUCUGUUGAUGGUGCCAACCGCCUCUGAUUUCUCCGGAAUCGAGAAUACCGACCCAGCCACUGCUCCCCAGGAAGACUUCUAUCUUCACCUUCACCUCCCACCGGAGCUCGAUCUCCCUCUCCCAGCCACCACUCAAAUAUACCAUCAGCCACCGAACAGCUAUCUCAUCCCACGCUGGGACUUAGGCCCUGAUAGUGGCGCCUUCACUCGCAUCGAGUUCCCAGCACCUGGCAGCGCUAAGGGCCUACAGGAGGAUGUCGAUACCUUCGAGACUAUACUCGCGCAAUGCACUGCCUUCCUCGAGCGCGCCCCUGCUCCAGCAAAAGGCGUCGCUAGCUCUAGCAAGGGAAAAGGCGAAGCUCUGCCAGCAUACAACCCUCAGGAGUUCAAGCCAGGAGAGGGGUACGUUCAGGGCAGUUCCAGCUCUCACCACGGCGGACAAAUUGUCCUGAUCGAUGAGGAGAAUGGAAGUGUCGUUGGUGAACUAGGAGAGGGAUUUACUGUUGUCGAGGACAGCAAGAUGCAAGCCGGCUCUAAAAACCCCGUCAUCCUCUCCCUCCCCGAAGACGGAUCACACAACAUCAACGUCUCCCCCGCCUCACAAGAAUACCUCGAGAUGGCCAUGCACCCCGCCUACAAAGGCUCUCGCCUCGUCUCCCGCGCCGCCGAAGCCUCGCGCCUCAUUGUCACAACCUCCUCCUACGUCGCGCAGACCCUCCAAUCCGGCGCCGACAGCUUCACCAAGAGCACCAAGCCCAACACCACCCCCAUGACCUUCACCCCCACCACACACGCGCGCGUCCGCAAGAUCAACACCUUUACCGGCUCUGCAGCUGGCCUCUCUUCCAAGACCGUUGGACAGGUUAGCAAGUUCGCGCAGAACAUCGGUGCGGGGAUGUUGAGUAAGGGGGAGAGGGCGCAUAAGGGCGUUGGGCCGGACGGAAAGAUGGUUACGGGGUAUAAGCCGGGAUUCUUGAAUAAGAGUCUCAUGGCGUUCAGUACUAUUGCUGAUGGUAUUGAUCAGGCGGGUCGGGGACUGAUGAUCGGGACCAGCACGGCCGCUUCGACGGUCGUGGGACAUAAGUAUGGGCCUGAGGCUGGGGAGUUGACUAAGCACCUUGGGGGUGGGAUGAAGAAUGUGGGAUUGGUGUAUAUCGACGCCACUGGAGUGUCGAGGCGCGCGAUUAUCAAGAGCGUGGCGAAGGGGAUGGUCGUUGGGAAGGUGAGGGGAGGUGGGGAUCUAGUGGUUGGAGGGGGGAAUGGGGGUGAUCUUACGGAUGAUAAGGUGCAAGAGGUUCCACCGAAGAAUUGGAAGGAGGCGGAGGCGGCGCAGGGGAGAUAUGUGGAGGGAAAGGAUUAUAAGAUGGCCGGUGGACAGGACUCACCGAAUCUUAUUGACUUUGGAGAUUCGACCCCGCCAGCUUAUGGUGGUGGGUCCGCGGCGGCGGUUAACGGGAAGAAAACACCUGUUGAGAAGAAGAGGUGAGGCUUGAGAGGGUGAAAGGUUGGGAUAUAGAAUAGGGAUAGUGUGAAGUGGCAUUUACGAUAUUUAGUGGCUUUGAUGAGCUGGGAGUAUGUGUGUGGCAUUUUGGUCAUCUAACUUAAUGCCCAAAUUCUUCAUGGAGCGAUGUGAUCAUGGAGCGAUGUGAUAAGUAAUGUGAAGUAUGAGGAUAUUUCAAUAAAGCCUGAAAGUAGAUCGUGGUCUGUCAGCGGAGACAAGAAGAACCUCCCAGCGAAGAAGGGCGCCGGUCUCAAGCCACUCGUAGAAGCUCAACCAAUUCGAGCCAUUGGAGAGACACCCCCGUAUAACAUCUAGGAAGACUUGCACGACAAGAGAUAGUUCAGCCAAAGCCACACAGGCGCCUCGUCGUCGAUCAAGGGGG